AAAAGAACACAAGAUCGGAUUACAAGAUGGCGGCGUGUGGACGGUAGCGAGGAGGCCGUCGGAGUUGUUGUUUGCCGCCGCAGCUUUACCGUGUCAGACCAGGCGGUCGGUUCAGCUUUUCUUCGUCGUAAAACGUAAUAUGUCGACGUGGUAGCCCCCCAGAAUCCAGCCCAGACAUCGUGAAGUCGCCGGGGACGUGCAUGUGUAGUACCAUGCAGGUGGGAACAAAGUUAGCAGGAAGACGCUAGAGCAGCAGCUAGCAGCACAGCCCGGACCGGGACACCAUGGCAGACACCCGGCGGAGGGUCAAGGUCUACACGCUCAACGAGGACCGGCAGUGGGACGACCGGGGCACCGGCCAUGUGUCGUCCACCUUCGUGGAGCGGCUGCGGGGGAUCUCGCUGCUGGUGCGGGCCGAGGCGGACGGGUCUUUGCUGUUGGAGUCGAAGAUCAGCCCGAAUACUGCAUAUCAGAAGCAACAGGACACACUGAUUGUUUGGUCAGAAGCAGAUAAUUAUGACCUUGCCCUAAGUUUCCAGGAAAAGGCUGGUUGCGAUGAGAUCUGGGAGAAGAUUUGUCAGGUUCAAGGUAAGGACCCUGCUCUGGACAUCACCCAGGACCCUAUUGAUGAGUCAGAAGAGGACCACUUUGAGGAGAUUCCAGAGACAAGUCACCUAGUUGAGCUACCUCCUUGUGAGUUAAGCCGACUUGAGGAAAUUGCUGACCUGGUUACCUCUGUCCUGUCCUCACCCAUCCGACGGGAAAAACUUGCCCUGGCCCUAAUGAGUGAGGGCUAUAUCAAGAAACUGCUGGGUCUCUUCAGAGUAUGUGAGGACCUGGACAACAGGGAAGGCCUCCAUCACCUCUAUGAGAUUGUGCGGGGAGUCUUGUUCCUCAAUAAAGCAGCCAUCUUUGAGGUGAUGUUCUCGGACGACUGCAUUAUGGAUGUGGUGGGUUGCCUUGAGUAUGACCCCGCACCGGUUCAGCCAAAACGACACCGGGAAUUCCUGACCAAGACGGCAAAGUUUAAGGAAGUAAUCCCUAUUACAGACUCUGAGCUGCGGCAGAAAAUCCACCAGACCUACCGGGUCCAGUACAUCCAGGACAUAAUCCUGCCUACACCCUCAGUGUUUGAGGAGAACUUCCUGUCCACACUCACAUCUUUUAUUUUCUUCAACAAGGUGGAGAUUGUUAGCAUGCUACAGGAGGACGAGAAGUUCUUAACUGAGGUAUUUGCACAGCUCACAGAUGAAGCCACAGAGGACAGUAAAAGGAGAGAGCUGGUGAACUUUGUGAAGGAAUUCUGUGCUUUUUCACAAACUCUGCAGCCGCAAAACAGGGACGCCUUCUUCAAAACUCUAGCAAAUCUGGGGAUUUUACCUGCUCUUGAAAUAGUCAUGGGAAUGGAGGACUUGCAUGUGAGAGCUGCAGCCACUGACAUCUUCUCUUACCUGGUGGAAUUCUGCCCCUCGUUGGUCAGGGAGUUUGUCAUGCAGGAGCCACAGCAGACGGACGAUGAUGUUCUGCUGAUAAACGUUGUGAUCAAGCAGAUGAUUUGUGACUCUGAUCCAGAGUUGGGAGGGGCUGUCCAGUUGAUGGGUCUUCUCAGGACACUCAUUGACCCUGAGAACAUGCUGGCUUCCACCAAUAAAACCGAGAAGACAGAGUUCCUGAGUUUCUUCUACAAGUACUGCAUGCAUGUCCUGACUGCUCCUCUGUUGGCCAACACUUCACAUGACAAGAACUCUAAAGAUCAGCAAGAGGGGUCGACAAAGAUCCAAUCCAACCCAGUCUGCCCAGACAACUUUCAGACGGCUCAGCUGCUAGCACUGAUCUUGGAGCUUCUGACAUUUUGUGUGGAGCACCACACCUACCACAUCAAGACCUACAUCAUGAACAAAGACCUGCUCAGGAGAGUUCUGGUGCUCAUGAACUCAAAGCACACCUUCCUUGCUCUUUGUGCCCUCCGGUUCAUGCGCAGGAUCAUCGGUCUGAAGGACGAGUACUACAACCGUUACAUCAUCAAAGGGAACCUGUUCGAGCCCGUCAUUAAUGCCCUGUUGGACAACGGCACCCGAUACAACCUCCUCAAUUCAGCCAUCAUAGAACUAUUUGAAUUUAUUAAAGUGGAGGACAUCAAAUCCCUUAUUGCUCACAUUGUGGAUAACUUCUACAAAGCACUUGAACCCAUUGAAUAUGUACAGACUUUCAAGGGCCUGAAAGGUCGGUAUGAGCAGGAAAAAGACCGGCAGAGUCAGAGACUCAACAGAUAUCGUAGAGAUGCACGGUCAUUAGACGAAGAUGAAGAAUUGUGGUUCAAUGAUGACGAUGAUGAUGAAGAUGGUGAGGCAGUGGAGAAGAGGAUGGAGGAUGACUUCUCUGAUAGUUAUGGAAAGUAUAUGGAAGCCAAAAAAGGUAAGCUGCUGGGUAUUGAUGUAAAAAGCACAAGGAAGCCUUUUUUUUUUUUUUUUCUCCCCUUGGACUAUUGCCUGAUCACUUUGUUGCUGUCUGCAGGAGCUGCCAACGGAGCAAGUGCUGCCAACAAUGGGAAGGCUUCUGCAGUCCCUCCUGCCUCACCAGUCGCCACUCCAAACAACAGCUCAUCUUCGUCUGUAAAAACAGUAGCUCUUCCUGCCGCUCCUGUCGUGAAGACUGCACUGGUUGGUUUGGUGGACUACCCCGACGAUGAAGACGAAGAGGAAGAAGAUGAAGAGGAAGAUCAGUCUCCAAGGAAACGACCCCGUUUGAGCUCUUAAGGCUAAUUGUCCUGUUGUUUGGUCACAGUGGAUGGACACAGAGUCUCUCCCCUCCCCCCUCCUCUGGUCGUCUCAUUGGUCCUCGGCCUGCCUGUGCCACCUGCCAGUCUCACCGAGGAGACGGGUGAAGACGAGCUCUCGCCUUACUCAGUCUCUCCUGAAUUAUUUUUCUUUUUUUUCUAUCUGUGGAAGGAGACGAAGAGCUCCUUCGGUAGACUGACUAGUCUGUUUCCUCAGGCUGUUUUUUUUUCUUUCUUUUUUUUUUUUUUUUUUUUUGUAAUCUCACUAUUAGUAUCUUCUGGAAGAUCUCCUAAAUGUACUUUCCCCCCUCCAGGAGAACCUAAUUGACCUUUUUGCAAAUCUCCUGCCUGCUCUCCUGUUUUUCAGCUCUUUUCUUCCUCAUCCAACAUUUACAGACCAACCAGGGGCCGUUGAAGUCAGUGGCGCAGUGGUUGUCCACUGAUUGCUGGUGAAACAGUAGCAAUGAAGCUGCGGUACCGCAGCAACUCCGAAGCCUCUCCCUGUUAUUGUUUGAACUCUCCUUCACCUCCUUCUCGACCCAAACCAAUGAGCUCCAGAGGCAGAGGACGCCAGAACACAACCAGCCAGUGUAAAAACUGUUCAGCUGGCCAGUCAGGCUAGCGGGACUAGCCGUCUUAGUAACAGAAAGCUUGACUGGCUGAAGCCAUGUGUGUGCGCGUGCACGCGCCACCCUGCCACAGAACCACACACUUUUGUUGGAAAUUGAGGAAUCUGAGCAGCAUUUAAAAAAAAAAAAGAAAAGAAAAAUGUUGAAAGAAGAGGCAAGUUGAUGCUGUAAUGAUGCUUAGAUCCAGAGGAGCAGGACUCAGACCUUAAAAGCCAUGGCGUCAGUUUAGUCACGGCACACAAGAAAUUACUCGGUGUCACACGACUGUGAUAGCCAGAACUCCUGUAUUUCAUGGAUUUGUUUAAAAAGUACUGUACAGAUGUCCCACCCUCCCAUUUUUAAUCGUUUUCCCUUAAUGUGGAUUGGAAAGGAGAGGGAGUUACCCACCUGCUUAUUUCUUUUUCUUUUUUCUUUUUUUUUAUUGUGCAGAAGGUGGGCUCACUUUUCAGACUUUCAGUCCAAUUCAUUUGAUUUAAUGUAAAAUGCAGAAAAGUUGCAAAUGCUGAUUUUAAAAAUAUCAUAUUAAAACUUGCAGUAAAGUCACUUUUGCAGCCAACAUUUUGAGGAUGUCUGGAGUUUUGUAUUUUAGUCAGUUUAAGAAUUUAGCAGUGUUAAUGAUCCACACUUACUGAUCAGCCCAGACCUGGAUGUAACUGGGCGGCAGACAUGAGCUGGUGGCGUGCUUAAAGUAGGUUUUAGCACCCAUUCAUGUUUCAGGAGGUAAAGUAUCAACCCUCUCCUCUCAAAUAGAUCUCAGGUUCAGAAUUUAACUUGCAGAAACGUGAAAGCAGCCACCUUGUCUGUGCACUGUAACAUUUCUAGCUGGUGACGAAAAAUGUUUAUUGCGAGAGAAAGUGGGGAAAGAUUUAGUUGAGGGGCACAGCGGCUUUUUUCCUGAGUUCGAAAGUUUAUAACACCAGCUGAGAUCAGCUUUCUCACACAAUUUGAGUUCAAUGUCCAUUUAAAAACUUAACUGAUCAGAAAUAAGUUGAAGAAAAAAAAAAAUGAAAUCCAACAAUGAGUUUUUAUUUGUGAUUUAAAAUAAAAGAUUUGUCCCUGCAGUUGAGGAGGUGCAGUUUUCCACUCUUAACCACACAGCUGUGACAGCGUCACGAGGCAGCGGGAUAGUUCAGCGUCAGGUUGAAACAUCAUCUUUUACUUGGUCUCACUAUAAAUGCACAAAGGCAGAUGAAGGGAUUCAAAUUUUGAUUUAAAAAUGCCAGAUCACAGACUCUGAUCUAUAACCUCUGAUUCACACCAUGAGCAGCAGGUUUGGAGCACAAGCAAAGUGAUUAUUGCCAACGUAUGUGUCAGGAGUUGAGCGGUACCUUUCCUCCUGUCUGUAAUCACCCAACGAUGACUGUUUCUGCUCUCCUUUGAUGAAUUUGUACCAAGUGCAUUUACUACCACUAUCCAUUCUUUACAUUUGUAUGAAUUUAUUUGAUAAGUUUUGGAAAUUAAAUGUGACCCUGACAUUGAACUUGUGAA